AUGGCAACGGCGCGGGGUCCAGAGAUGGCGGAGGAUCGGAGCUCCGCGUUCCGCCCUUCUCCCUCGCAUCGGGAGCACAGCUCGUACCUGGCGGCGUGCCGGGCCUGCGGCGUCUGCCCGGCCUCCUGUCUGCUGCCCGAUCCGCCCGGCCCUGCGCUCCUCCUGCGGCACCGCGGGGUGGGCUCUCGGGGUGCCAAGGCAUUGGCUCUUUCCUUGAUGACCAACACCUCUGUCGUCUCGUUAGACCUGGGUGACAAUUGGCUGCUGGGAGAAGGAGCAGCUGCCAUUGCAGAAAUGCUGAAAGAAAACCACUCCAUUUCAGCUGUCGAUUUAUCUGACAACAAAAUGGGCAUUGAAGGAGCUAAGGCCAUUUCUGCUAUGCUUCUAGAAAAUACUACAGUUGUGGUCCUCCAGCUCUCUGGAAAUGAGUUUGAUGACCACGCAGCCAAGUAUUUAGCAGAUGCCAUCACAGCAAACAGCAAAGUGGGAGUUCUGGAUCUGAGUUAUAACAAGUUUGGUGAGAAAGCAGGUGAAGUUCUUGGAGCGGCAAUAGCAGAAAACAUCGGAUUAAAGGAGCUGAAAAUCAGCUGGAACCAUUUCCACAGUGAGGGAGCAGUUGCUUUGGCCAAAGGCGUGGGGGCAAAUGUGUUCCUCAAGGUGCUGGAUGUUUCCUACAAUGGCUUUGGCAACAGUGGAGCAGCUGCCUUGGGAGAUGCUCUGCGAGCCAACAACGUGCUGGAAGAGCUCAAUGUAAGCAAUAAUCGGAUCUCGGUGGAAGGAGCUCUGCGACUUGCAGUUGGCCUGAAAGAAAACAAGACCCUGAAGAUCCUUAAGAUGAUCAGAAAUCCCACGCAGAACGAAGGAUGCUGUGGGAUCCUCAAAGCUCUACAGGCAAAUUCUGGCACUGGCAUGGAGAUCCUGGACCUGCCAGACAUUCCUGUGAGCAAGGAGUUGGUGGAGCUGUGUGAAGCUGUGCAAACGCUUCUCCCAAAUCUUCUUCUCCGACGUGGUGGAAGCACAAAACUGCAGGGGAAAAGUCUGUUGGCGGUCGAGGUUUGGCCCCAGCCCAAAGUGUUGGGUAAUUCCCACAACUCCGUGCCUUAAUGUCAGUCUCUUUGGGGCUGCUGCUUCUGCCUGAUGUCCCAGUACUGCUGAUCAAGCCAGGGACACAGGGACACGCAGGGCAGCGCUGAAGGCAGGAGCUGUGGGAAUGUUGGCUGUCGCUCUGCUGCUGCCACUCAGAAGUUUUCCCGUCUGCUCACUUCAAGCUUUCUGCUGUGUCCGCUUCUGAGUCUCUUCCAGCACACGCAAGAGCUUCCCCAUGGAUGAUGGCUCCUUUUUAAUCAUCAUCUUUGGGCACAGGGCUGGUGGAACACUGUGUGCCAUGGUCUGCUGCAGCGGAGUCUGCACAGCUCAGGAGUGCAGUGUGUUUACACAGCAUCCAAAGUCUGUCCAGAGCUGUGCUGUGCACAGAUGCUUGCUUUCUUCAGCUGUCCUGCCAACAGCCAGGCUUGCCUUUGCUGGACUGGCUGUCAGAUGCAGCGGUGACUCAUUUUCAGCUGCUUCCUUCCCCAGCUCCUUGGCCUUGUGAGGAGCUCAUUAUCCCCAGGGUGAAGACCCCGUUUUAGGUGUUAUAACUGGUGUCAUUUCCUGGAUGCACAACUCUUUCUUUUCUGAGUUUCACAUUGGAUGGAUGCUACAAGAUGCCAGGAAACAGGACGAGAACUCAGCAGUGAUUCAGCACUGACAGCAGCACAUGGCUUUAACCCUUUCCUCCUCCCUGCAAUGUGUCUGCCAUCGCCCAGCAGCAUCCAGGGCAUCCUCUCUGUGCUGCUGGGGAGCAAAUAGCUCUAUGCAAUUACAUUUUGCAGAAAAGAAACUGUUGUAUAGAUGUAUGAAUUAUUUUACAUGUUUUGUAUCUAAUAAAUAACAUCUAUGCCUA